AUGGCCGAGGAGGCAGAGGCUAGAGUUCUGGAAGUAGAGGCCAAUAUGGAGGCUAUCUGCCUAGAGAACCAGAGCCUGCAGAGGAAGGCACUAGAGGACCAGCAGGCUUUGGCCAAUCAUCAGAAGGAAAUACUAGAAUUGAGAGAAAGUCAGGUUGCAAAGGAAAACGAUCUUUUGCAGAAUAAGAAAGAUGUUACUGAACUGAAAAGGCAAAACUCCUUGAAACAUGAAAAGUUAUUGGAAUACGAGAGGAAGAUCCAAGAGCUGCAGAAAGAACUGGCUGGAAAAAAUGAGCAGAUAGAGGGGCUCUUGGUGCAAGAUACCAACAAACAAACGGAACUGGAUGAAAUUUGUAAGGAACUAGAGGCGAAGGCGAAAGAAUCUGUCAACUGCAAUGAAAUCAAAGAGCAAUUUGAGAAAAUAAUAGUUGAAAAACAACGAGAAAUCUGUGAGCUUCGAAGAGAGAUAGAAGACAGAGAUAGUGAUAUACACAAGCUUGUUUUUUGUGAGAAGGAAGUUGAAUGUCUCAAGAUGAAAUUAGAAGAAAAGCAAUUGGCUUUUGAUGAACUUGUAAGCCAAAAUGAAAGAAAUGAAAAAAAUUUAAUUGAAAAAGUAAUUGAAAAACAAAAAGAAAUUGAUAAACUUCGAAAGGACGUGGAAGACAGAGAGAAAGAAAUGGACAUGUAUAUUCAAAAGGAGAAGGAAAUGAAUGAUUUUAAGGAAGAAUUAAAGACAGAUAUUUACUUUUCGAUAGAAUUUUGA